AAGUUAAAACAGGUGUUUUGGACUUCGGCCACCCACCCGUGUCUCCAGACCGCUUAACUAACAAUCCAACGACAUGAAGCAAAUACUCAAAAAGAGCGUCCAGUUGGUGCAACAAAUAUUAGUCGUCUAUAUAUAAAACCGACUAUAUAGCAGGUUAAGAUAACUUUAUGAUUGGAUACUUGCUCUGAGCAUCAACUGAUCAACCAUCCAGCGCUUUAGAAACGCCAGAGAGUCAUUAGGAGGAGACACGCGCCCUAAUGAGCUCCUUUUCAGACCUGUUGAAUAGAGACAAGCACCCCUGCGGAGAGACCUGGGGCUAUUUAAUGCCUAUUAUACUCCAUAGCCUGGCCAGUUUACACACGGUGCCUAGUUAGAGCACAGCAUCUGAAGAAGAAACAGAAAUAAUAAAUAUGGAAGACUUGUUUUUUGAUUUCGAUGCUCAAGAUGCAUCCACAGACUUUGCGUUCUGGGGCCAAAUGGACCCCAGUUUCCCCCAGAUUCACUCUCAGCUGGACACCCUGCUGUUUGACUGCGGAGCAAUGGCGGGCCAGCUUUCCCCCUGGUCCUCUUACGGGUGCCAGUCGGUGUUUCCCGAGGCUCAGCUGACCUUCACGGAUUUAGACUCGCAGUCUCCGCAGCUGGAGGUCGGUGCUGAAGUGGACAGCUCCUUACUGGACGAGCCCCAUGAGAUGACCCAGCAGCAGCAGCGGUGCUUGGCGACGCAUCAUCCGUACAAGGUGCAGCGCCACGCCGCCAACAUCCGUGAGAGGAAGAGGAUGCUGAGCAUUAAUUCUGCGUUUGAGGAGCUGCGCUGCCACGUGCCCACCUUCCCCUACGAGAAAAGGUUGUCCAAAAUAGACACGCUAAGACUGGCCAUCGCUUACAUCGCCCUGCUCAGGGAAAUCCUCCUAUCAGGCUGUGACCCCAAAUCAUAUGUGGACGAAUGCAUGAAGAACGGCUAUAAGAAUCAGACAAAUGCCAUCUGGAACACAAGCGAUCUGACAGCUCGGCUCUCUUGGAUAAAGUGGGAUUAGCAGUGAAGUGGGCCAGCGAAAAGAGAUGCCGCCUCUCGCUUCUCACGCUCCUCUUCAUGGCGUGACGAUUGGUGACAUCUGCAGACUUCUCACCGUGUUACACCUCCUGGCACUCGGGACACUUUUUAUAUUCUAAUUUGUUGUGGGUUACAAACAAGCCUCCUUUUGCUUAUCCAGACGCAUGUUGUUUGUUUUGAAUGAGGCCUUAUAGGGACAAAGCUGUGGCACUUGUGCUUGUGUGCCAGAUUAGAGAAUGGCGAAAAGAUGGCAGUUCGUAUGUUUUGUCCAUGAGCUGAAAGUAAAGCAAAAUGGUUUGGCCUGGCAGCAUGCCUGAUUCAGCCACAUUCAGAUUUGAGAACACUUUUGGAUGUUUUGUACCUCGAAAUAAUUAGUUCAC